AUGACAUUUGUGCCUCAUAGUGGAUUCCAUAAUCAAAGAAUAGGAUUAGAAAAUGCGAUAUUUGUUGCUUGGUUCCUAAAUAGAACAUUGAUUGUACCACCUGCCCUACUUUUAACCAAGUUUAGAGUACCGCUUGGUAGAAUGAUUAAAUGGUCAAAAUAUCUAAAAGCUGAAUCCGUCGACUCAAUUUGUGGAAAUAUAAAGAUAAACAAAGAAAAAAAGAAAUGCAAAGAAUUUCAUAGUUCAUACACACUUUAUCCAUAUGAUCAACUAUUUGACUUUACAUUUAUCAGACAAAACCUCAAAAUCAUAAAUACACCAAAUUUUGAUCCUGAUACAAUUGUUGAAAUGUUAAAUAUCACUGAACCAAGAAAAGAAAUUUACCUUGAUUUUACCACCAAGGAAUUUAAUGAAAUGUAUGAUACAAUCAAAAAACCACAUGUUAAUACUAAUAUAACAUUAGAAUCAUUACAACUACUCAAGAAACGUCCUGAAAAACUUAUAUACUUUGGUAGUUUGUAUGGAAUACUUAGAAUCCACGAAAAUUUGAAAUCAUCAAGAACCUUCACCGAAAGAUUCCAAAAAUCAUUUGUACCAAAUAAUCCAGUAAUGUUAAAUGUGGUAGCUAGUAUAGUUAAAAAAAUGGGUGGUGCUGGUAAUUAUAUUUCAGCUCAUGCUAGAGGUGGUGACAACACUUUUGCAGAAAAAAGUAAAGAACAUUUUACUGAUUUAGUUGGGCAAAUUGAUAAAAAAUAUCCAGAAAUUUCACCAUAUUUAAUAUCUUUGAAGAAUAAAUGUCCACCUAUUGAGGAGAAUGAAACCACAAAGAGAAAAAAUUUAUAUGUGGCCAGUGAUAUUAAUAGAGAAUAUGAAUCCAUGAAAGUGUUUCUGGAUAAAUUUCCUUGUCUAAAAAUGCUCUUUGAUUUCGAAGAUCAACUUGAACCUUACAAAAGUCUCAUAAACCCUGUAGAUAAUAAAGUAAUGAGUCACUUUUUAAUACCUUUAACUGAUCUUAUGGUAGCUGCUAAUGGCUAUGAUGUAUUUACAAUUGAUAUCAGUACUUAUGGUAUUUAUUUAAAAAGAUAUAAUUCACUCCUAAAAGAGAAAAUGAUGAAAGAUUAA